AUUCCUUGCUUUCCGGCUCCUGAUAGAGGAAGCGUUGGUUUGUGUGGUGUGUUGGAAAUAAAUGUUUAAGCGUUGUAGUAGUUUCAGAAGCUUACACACUAUACGUUUGUUGAUUUCUUUACCAAGUAUUUGAAGUCUGGAAGAGAUCAGUUAAUCAUGGUAGGCACAAGGGUGUAUGUGGGAUGCCUGCCGCAUGGCGUAAGAGAGAGAGACCUUGAGCGCUUUUUCAGAGGUUAUGGUCGAAUACGUGAUAUACUUCUCAAGAAUGGGUAUGGCUUUUGUGAAUUUGAUGAUUAUAGAGAUGCAGAUGAUGCCGUGUAUGAACUCAAUGGAAAAGAGCUACUUGGAGAGAGGGUUAUUGUUGAACAUGCAAGGGGUAUUGCACGACGAGAACGCAGCUAUAUGGGAGUUGGGCCUAGAAGAUCUUCGUGGAUGGAUAGGGAUAUGGAUGUCCGAAUGUAUGACAGGUAUGGACCACCAACAAGAACGGAAUAUCGAGUAAUAGUAGAAAAUCUCUCCAGUCGUGUCAGCUGGCAGGAUUUGAAGGAUUUCAUGCGCCAAGCUGGUGAAGUUACAUAUGCUGAUGCUCAUAAACAACGCAGGAAUGAAGGUGUGGUAGAAUUUGCCACACGGUCUGAUAUGAAGAAUGCUAUUGAAAAGCUGGAUGAUACAGAGUUAAAUGGCCGAAGAAUUCGGCUGAUUGAAGCAACACGUCGUCGGCGACGUUCCCGUUCAUCCAGUUCGAGAUCCCGAUCUCGCUCAUACUCGAGAUCCCGCCGCCGCAGCAGAUCACGAUCAAGGUCUCGCAGUCGAAGUACACGUUCGAGAAGCCGCAGAAGCAGCCGAUCUAAAUCUAAAUCACGUGGCCGUUCAAAGACUCCAUCUCGUUCUAAGUCCCGAUCACGAUCAAAGUCAAAGUCUCCAGGCCGCUCCAAAUCGAAAUCAAAGUCUAGAUCUCACUCGCGUUCUCGAUCACCAUCUGAAUCAAAGAACAGAUCAAAGUCUCGUUCACGAUCAGAAUCAAAGGCACAGUCUGAACCCAAGGAUAGGUCCCGAUCUCGAUCAGCAAGCAACCGUGAUGAUAAAUCAAAAUCAAGAAGUAUGUCGAAGUCACCCAAAAAAGAUGAAAAGACACCAUGAAAACAUAUUUGUAAUAUUACACCAUGAUAAACAUGUUCGUAAUAUCACUAUCACACUUCAUUUAAGGUUUAGCCUAAGAAUGUUGUCAUUCUCAUCAAAACAUUUUUUAAGUUCGUGUAAGUUUAUUGUAGGUAAAAUAGGUACAUUUUACAUGUAAUUUGUGUAGCUUAAGUGUACAUGGAAGUGACAGCUAUGUGAGAACUAUUUCAGCUUUUUCAGCCAGUUGUCAUUUAGUAUGACUCACCCAAUUAAGAUUAUUUUCACUGUGGAACAUGGUUUUGACUGCUCACAGAAGGUAUAAGGAUGCAGCUUACGGUGCAUAUACUGACUAAGGGCAUUCUGGUUAAAGAAUCCCACUAUUGCGAGAAUAAAUAUGAUUAAAUGUUAGUACAAAAUGAAUGUUGACAUGAGACAUGGAAGAGAUCGAGAAAAGUGAUUCCUCCCUUCAGUUUUGUUUUCUGCUCCUACUGCAUGUCACCAUUGAACUAAACUUGUAAUUGUCAUACUAUCAAUAAAGUAUAUUGUACUUUCAAGGAAA